AUGGAAUACUUGUUCAGAACUCUACAAAAACUGAAGCUCAACCAUAAUUUCAACUAUCACUCAAAGAGUGAAAAGCUUAAAGUGAUGAACAUGAGUUUUGCUGAUGAUCUCCUCAUUUUCACUAAAGGAGAUCUAAUUUCUGUUGAAUUGGUCCUCAAAGCUUUCAAAGAAUUCUCCUUAUCUACUAGUAUGGAUGUUAACCCCUCAAAAUGCAAAGUAUACUUUGGGAAUGUUUGCAAAGAUGACCAACAGGUAAUUCCCAAUCUGUCAAAAUUCCCAAUUGGACCCGUUCCUUUUAAAUACUUGGGUGUUCCAAUGUCUAGUAAAAAGCUGGCAAUUCACGAAUACAUGAUAUUAGUGGACAAAAUUGUUGUUAAAACUAGAUAUUUGAGCUCCAAACUCCUAUGCUAUGGUGGCAGAGUCCAACUAAUUAAAGUGUACUAUUUGGAAUUGUAA